UUACCCUAGUUGUAAGCCGAAAUCUGACAUUAACUGUAAACCUCUCAAAUAUUUCAGAUUUUAUUGGUUGGAUGAAAUGUUGUUCCAGGAUCAACACGGAUGUUAAUUCAGGAACAUGUUUUACUUGGUGAAAUCACAUUCUUUCACCCCCCCACACUCCCAGAGAUGCACACACAGGAACUUACACAGCUUUGAGCUUGUGUUUCAGAGACCCGAGUGAAAAUGCAGCUAAACUUGACAUUAAUUCUCUUCAGUUUAAUCUUCAUGUUCCCCCCUGGUAAAUUUGUCUCUUCAUGUAUCUACAAAGCUGUGGGUGAUAAAGUUGUGAUUUCAUUUGAUGAUGCAAAAUUACAAGAGGACAAUGAACUGAGAUGGAUACAUAAUCAAAGGAGAGUUUAUUGGAAAAAAGGGUCACAAGUUAAGCACAGCGAGCUCAACACUGACCAAUAUGGAUCCCUGAUACUGGAGAACGUACAGAAAGACAAAUCUGGGGAGUACAGGGGCAUCAUCUAUGAUGCAGAAGGAAAGUUUAUAAAGGAAACCUUACAACAUCUCUGUGUUCUGGAGCCAGUGGCUGAACCUAUAGUUUUGGUUGAAUGUGUAGAAAAAGGAGUAAAUCUGAAUUGUAGUGCAGUGAACAACGAUGAGGUGGUUGUGUCCUGGAUGAAAAAUGACAUGAAGGCUAAUGUGACACAUGCUGUUUUACACGUCACUUCAUCUGAGCUCAAACCUGGAGAUAAUUUCUCAUGCACAGUCAGCAACCAGAUAAGCAAGAAGUCAGCAAAAAACGUUGAGCCAGUGUGCUUUGAUACAGAUAUGUCUGAGAAGAGAUUUCUAUUUGGCUUGGAUUUAUGGUGGAUGCUGGUGAUCCUGACAGGGGGAGGAAGUUUCCUCCUCAUACUCGUCAUCAUCUGCUUAGUCUGUGUCUGCCGCUGCUGCAGACAAAACAAGAGGAAAGCAAAACGUAAAGAACAGCAUCAGCUUGUCUCUUUAAUGCCAUAUUACCUAAAUCGGCUUGAUGACCAGCAAAACCCAGCAUCCUCUUUUGGCUAGUUAUAAAUAGGUUAAACUAACCCUAACUUUAACAGAAAACUUUCUGCAUUUUUACAGUUUUUAAAAACGUUUUCUCAUUGGAUUUUCAUCUGGCGCCCCUACUGGCCAUGGACUUGUUUGCCCUGCAUAAACCAUUAACCCAGCUAGACUUUUCCAUGCUUCACAUUGACCUGUACAUUGAUCUGCUAUCUGUUAGUUAUAAGUACCGGUGGAUAUGGAUAACAUGAGUUCUUCACAUCUCCUGCAGAUGGCAGCAUUGCACUGAGAAAGUGAUAGCACAUCACGUUCCACUGAACUAGUACUGGGAACCUAAUUGUGGGUGACAAAAUUAAUUUGAGGUUAUUAACCUGGUCAGAAAAUGCAGAGUAAACAUAAUUUUCAAAGUCUUUUUAAAUCAAAAGUUUGUGCAAUGAUUGUGAUCUGUUGCUAAAUAAAUACAUAGA